AUGGCUGUGCCAUGGCAGGGCUUCUCUCCUCUGGUGAGCGCUGGCUGGCGUGGCCGGGAGCUGCGGGGAGCUAACGCAGACAUGUCUCAGUGCGCGGUACCUGCGCGGCGCGGCACGGAGCCUUCGGUCCCCAGGCGCCACAGCCACUUCACUAACCCCCUGUACCAGAGUGACGCUCAACCCUGCGCACAGGAGACGGGCACCUGUACCUGUCCCCCCGGCCGCCUCGGCUUUAUUCAUAGCCCGGGGGCAGCGCGGCGGAGCCGGGCGCCGCGGAGCUGCCGGGGACUGCCUGGGCCAGCGCCCCCGGCCGCGGGGAGGGGGCAAGGGGGGGCGGCGCGGCAGCGCCCGGCACCGGGGACCCGCUCCCUGCAGCGCCCCCGAGGCGGGCUACGCCGUCUCUGCCCGCCCUGGGCGCAGCCCCACAGAGGCUGCCUGGGCACCGGGGGCUUCCUCCGGGCGGAGGUGGGGGGCAGCCGAGCGGGGAGCGGAGACAGGUGCCGGCGGCAGCCGAAAGCAGGUCGGGGCAGGAGCGCUUGCUCCCGCUUGUCCUCUCCGUCCUCCUGCUCCCGUCCCUGCGUCCGGCCGUCCGUCCCGCCCGGCCUCAGCAGCAGGCUGCCACCGCCGCUGCCGCCCUCUCCUGAGGAGAAGUUACGCGGGCCCGAGGCUGGGCGAACCGGCAGCGAGCUCCCAGGCAGAAAUGCCUUUCCCGGUGCGCAGCCUCCCGCCACCCUCAGUCGGUCCCGGGCGCCCAGGGCCGCUUCGGGCUCCGGCCCCGUGUCCGGGGCCGCGCAGCGCCCGGGAUCCCCGCGGGAGCCUGUGCAUGACAAGUUCCACCGCGCGCUCGCUUUAAAUGUGGGGAAACCACACGGAGAAAGAAAAGGAUUAAUCACACUACCCUGAACACCCACAUGGCUUUGCAAGGUGCUGAAGAUCUCGAGCAGUCACGGCAUGCCUUCAGCUUUUGCAAGCACCCCUCUGACGCAGGACGCCAGCUAAUGCUCAGCAGGAUCUAGCUCCAUGAGUAAAU